AUGCGAUCCGCAUCGCAGUAUCAGCGCCACGUUGGCCGACAUCAAGAGCAACUAGCACUAUUCGCUUUACCAACAGUAGAAUCGGAUGACAAGGACGAAGUUGAAAGCGAGAGUGAUUCAAGUGCCGGGUCGAUGGUCAAAAUAGAUGGUCAGGACGAGCGAGGCGAUGAUACCAAACAACCUGAGGAGCCACCAACUUCGCAUUCAAUGCCCGGAGCAGACGAGACGUCUGCUGUACCGCCUAACGAACCACGUAAUAGCGGGACAGGUAGACAAAAUGAGUACUUCGUACCACGCGAGGGCAUUGAUCGCGAGGUGAUUUCAGCGGAAAUCUGCCGCUAUCUCGGGAACGAUGCACUUGUACGACCUGGACACUAUGAGCUUCUCGAAAAACUCCAGGACACUCAAACUGGCCAGGCAGUUCAGGGAUACUAUAUAACUGCAUCUAGGAACCUCACUACAACUCUGCCCAAUGGGAACGAGAAAGGCGCGAGGGAUCGCAUGUUUACGGGUACCGAUACUCUCAAGUUCACAGUAAUCGUCAACUAUAUGGACCUGAUUGAGGAUUACGAGCCGUGA